CAGACAUACGCUCCUAGGUCGUACGGCUGCUGAGAAUCAGCGUGUGACGUCAGUACCUGUGCCGUAAAGCGCCAGUAGACUCGUGUGUACGUUCCAUAAAACAUCAACACAAUGGACAUUCGGCCAAAUCACACAAUUUACAUCAACAACCUAAGUGAUAAGGUCAAGAAAGAAGAACUGAAGAGAUCUUUGUAUGCCCUGUUUUCCCAAUUUGGCCAUGUCAUGGACAUCGUAGCCUUGAAGACUAUGAAGAUGAGAGGACAAGCUUUUGUAAUAUAUAAGGAACUUAGCUCGGCCACAAAUGCUCUGCGUCAAUUGCAAGGGUUUCCUUUUUAUAGUAAGCCAAUGCGUAUCCAGUAUGCAAAGACAGACUCUGAUCUAGUAGCGAAGAUGCGUGGUACGUUUGCAGACAAGGAGAAGAAGAAAGACAAGAAGAAGAACAAGGCUCAAGAUUCCGCAGCGAACACGGCAAAUAAAAAGCCAGCACUGGGAGAGACACCAAAUGCAAAUAAUACUUCUCCAGGAGCCACACAGAGCCUGCAGGUUCCUGAUAACCCACCAAACUACAUCCUAUUCCUUAAUAAUUUACCUGAGGAAACCAAUGAGAUGAUGCUUUCAAUGUUGUUCAACCAGUUUCCUGGCUUCAAGGAAGUGCGGUUAGUACCUGGAAGACAUGACAUUUCCUUUGUAGAGUUUGAAAAUGAGACUCAAGCAGGAGCUGCACGGGAUGCACUUCAAGGAUUUAAGAUAACACCAUCCCAUGCCAUGAAAAUCACAUAUGCUAAAAAGUAGAACACAGUGAACCUUAUUGGACUUAUUUAUGAUACGUUUUGUUCUGGAAGAUUCUUCAAUUAAGACGUGUUGCCUGUUGGAUUUUAUUACCGAGAACUUAAUUUUGUAUAAAUAAAUGUUUUCUUUCUUCUACUCUUUUUGGUUACAUUUUUAAAUAAUGUUUUUAGUUAGCCUGUCAGACAUUAUCUGUACAUAAAAUAUUAGUUGUAUGAUUCAUUGCUAAUACCUUUUUUAUUUUUUAAACACUUUUGCUUUUGCUGUGGCUAACCUUUGUUGCAUAUUUCGAUGUAUAUUAAUUUCUACAUUGGUUGAUAUAACUUUCUUUUGAAGUAGAAGCAAACACUUUACUAUAAUGAAACAAGUUAUGAUUUCUGCAUAUAAUUUUGGAGUAAAAAGGAUUUUAAAGUU